AUGAAUCCCUACUCGCGCCCCUCGCCCAGGACAGCCUCACCCGCCAACAACCUCCAGACCAACCCCACGCGAACAAACAACCAGCGGCAUACCUCCAUGGACAUGCCCAACUACUCAACAACCCCUCCCUACUCUGACCGAGCCGCCGACGAGUCCGAGGGCGAAAUGAUGUCGCGAGGAGGAGACCACGCUGCCCACUCUGACCAGAAGCACUACCACAAGGUCAACCAAGUAAUCCAGAACUUCUUCACAAAGGCAGCUCUUGCCGUCAUAUCCUCGCGAGUAGUCCUACCCCCAGGGUACAACAAGGAUGGCAAUCUGAAGCAGAACAAAUGGUUCAAUGUUGUUCUCCCCGACAGCGACGCCCUCCAGCGCCAGUUGACCGACUGGAAAGUCAUGGACGCCAUGGCCGGCCAACACCCGUCUCUCUGCAUCGACAUCUACCUAGACAUACAAUCUCUCGGACACACACAGUCCCUCGCCAUUCAGGACGACGAUGGGAAGAAAUGGGAUGUUGCCACUGCGCUCAACUCUGCUGACGCCGCUGCUGGAUAUUCAAGUCGUGCUGCCAAGCCUACGCAGGUGGUGCUCGAGCGCUGGAGAGUGCACGUCGGAGAUAAGAGUUCGGUACAGCCGUCAGAACUCAAUGACCCGCUCCCCAACGUCUACAAAAAAGCCGUUGUCACUUUCCGAUCGCUCUUUGCCUCCCUUCGCUUCAUGCCAGCAUUCAGAUACAACAAGCUUCUCGCCAAACAGCCCGCCACUGCUCCCUCUUUGAAGCUCAACUACCGCAUAUCCAAUGGAGACUUCCGGAGCCCGCAUGUCGAUACCCUGCGACUGCCUCUCUACCCAAACCAAAACCCAGAUGAAAUUACAGAAGUCCAAAACAUUGAGCCUACAAAUUCGCCCGUCGGCCCUUUGUUUGUAACGGUGGAAUAUCGCGCCAACUGCGAGUUUACAGUAGAAAACUCGGAAUCCCUUUUGAGCUCACAGUUCAUGGGCUUGGAUGACACUUACUUUGAGCAAAAGGCCCGUCAGAUGCCUGGCUCGCUCCCCGUGGAUAAAAUGAAUGCCCAAGAGACGCCCGACAUUGGUCAAGCAUACGGCAGCCUUUCGACAUUUCACCAAGUUGGCCCACCCACUGGCACCAGCCCAAUCUCAGCCCUCCGUGCAGUUCGAGAUAUGCCGUCGUCGUCACCAACAGAGUCACCACCCCAGAAACUGCCACCAAACCACCGCACUGCCCAAGGCUCCAAGUCCUCCCUACGCUCGGUGGAUACACCACUACAUCAGCGACGAACAUCCGUCUCUUUCCAGCCAUUCAAAGCAGGCUCGCUCUCGUCGUCGCCAGCACCUGGAGGUGGAAUUCCUGGUUCGCCCACCAGCUCCUUGGGACGGCCAGGCAGCUCAUUAGGCCGAAACAUCACCCCUAGUCCACUCCAUCAACCACGCAACCGCACCUCGCUAAAUGCCCUUCCACAGGCUGCUCUCCGAGCGCCUUCGUUGCCCAACGAGGCCGCCAUAACCUCAUCCGCAUCUAGCUCACCAAAACCUGCACCCAUCAGUCGCUAUAGUAGCAGCUUUGGUCACAGGAGGAGCAAGUUUUCCUCUGGUGGUGGUAGCAAGCUCGAAGACGACAACCUCAGCAGUGGAAAGGCCAGUCCGUCAUCAUCAGUACAACGUGGUUCCGAUACCCUGAACGAGGGCGCCGGUGGCAGCUCAGGAGAGGUCAGGACAGACGACGAGAACAUUUCCGACUUUCUCAAACUUUUGGAAUCAAAAAAGGACCUCAAGAGCUUUACUCGCAGCGACCAUGCCGCCAAGGCAGCCACUAUGCACAAGACGACUGCUCAGUUAUCCAAGUAUCAGCGCAUGAGAGAGUCUCACACAGGCCUGGCCGAGUCAGUUUCUUCCUCAACCAUGCUUCAUCGCUCAUCAUCCUCUUCAAGCCGCCAUCUGUCUAGCGUGCCUGCAAUGAUUGCCGGCACUUCGGUCUCGACAGCAUCAUCACCUGGCAAACCAAUUUCGCCUCAUACUCCUCAUACGCCAGCCAUCCCAUCUCGCCUGAGCGCCAAUAGCAUUAUUGAAUACGAUCAGCCUACACGAAGCCGGAGUCGACCUAACAGGGGGUCACACGACCACGAUCCAGUUCAUGUGGAAGAGCAAAGCGAGAACGAGGACCAAAAUGGCAACGGUAUUGCCAUCCCCACCUCGCCACGCCCCUGGCAUUACACCCGCAGGUCAAGUUCAGUAGCUCAACAGGGCCGUACUUUGCCUGAUGAUGAACCGGAUGUGUUUGGUGUGCGCUCAGCCAGUCUGCCGUCAGAAGAGGUUGACCGGGCCAAUGAUCUGCAUCGCCUCACAAGCGCCGGUCUCACCUCCAGCGGGCUGUUUGCACAAACCGAGAUGCUGGCGAACCGCAACAACCAGCAUACUGAUACUGACUCUCGCGAAGACUUGCCUCGGCCUGCCUCUACGUCAAACAUUGCUGCCAAGCGCGGCCCCCAGGCUGGUCCCCGAGACCGAUCCGGAUUCUUCUCACACAGCUCUUCGACAAGUCUCAGCACCGGUGGCACGAGCUCUACUGAGCGGCAAAGUCGCUACAACUUCAAUAGUCGCGCCGCAGCCAACGUAGAUGACGACGAACCAUUGCUGUUCCAGAUGAGCGAGAUUGGAGCCGGCGGUUCCCGGCGUAGUCUUGAGGAAGCAAGAGGCAGGCUCAGCACCGGCAGCGCAGGCAAGCGCGCAUCCUAUUUCCGAUAA